AUGCCUUACGGAUAUCCCGUCACCCGCAAGAAGCCUGAGAUAACAGAGCCAAGAAAAUGCUGUUCAAGAACUCACGAGCAAACCCAAAUAAAGCCAAGCUUCUGGGCUCGUGGAACAACAUUGUGGUGUAGUGUGGUAUACAAAGUGAACCUGCGUGGCAAGGAUUUCAAGGGUCCAGAUCUCCGGAUUGGAAUUGACAGCCAGGCACGAGCCACAAUCUUGUCCAAUGAUGCAACUCCAUAG